AUGAAGGAUUUGGCAGCGUUGGGCAAAUGUGGGGGGCUGCUGGACAACAACAGGAAUAAAAACAGUGUCCACUCCAGCAAACAGCAGCGAAAUGUCAGGAUCAAGUUUGAAUAUGAAGGAGAGAAAAGGAUUAUCCAGUUUCCAAGACCAGUCAAAUUCAAAGAAGUGGUGCAGAAAGUCACGGAUGCUUUUGGACAGACAAUGGACUUAGUCUGUGUGAACAAUGAGCUCCUGAUCCCGCUGAAAUCCCAGGAAGAUUUGGACAAAGCGAUGGAACAGUUGGAGCUGAGCCCUUCCCUGAAGAGCCUGCGGAUCCUUGUGAGUGCUCCAAAGAAAGCGAAUCUUCUCCAGCCAAACAACAGCAAACAGCAUGAAAUGAGGAUCUCCAGAUCCAUGGGUGAUAUCAUGGGAUCCCUGUACAAAGACUCCGAGAGGACGCGGAAGUAUUCAACAGGCUCUCUGCACACUGGCCGGAGCUCUCCGCCCCCAGGGAGCGUUCCUGAAGAGCAGCAGCAGAUCGCUCGCCAGGGAUCCUAUACCAGCAUCAACAGCGAGGGCGAGUUCAUCCCUGAGACCAUGGAUCAGAACAUGCUUGAAGCUUUCAUCAGCCCCGAUGAGUCGCUGUCUGGGAGCUGCCAGUCGCUGGACAGAUCUGUGGACAGCCCUCCCUUUACGCAAACCCCUGUUCCUGGAAGGAAGAGCCAUCCCAAAGACAGUCUUGAUUGCAUGGAUUUUGACAUCCCGUUUUGCGAGAGGGUUGGGAAAGGUGGGACCUUCCCAAGGCAGUACCACCUCUCGCAAAGUCGCAAGGACUACAGUGACGGCCGGAGGACUUUCCCCAGGAGUUACUUCCCACAGGAGAACCUGUUUCAGCUUGUCCCUUCUAGCCGAACCAAGAGCUUUAAUGGGGACAGCAAGCUCAGCACCUUGCAGUACGACGAGUACAGGCCCAAAUGGUGGAACAAUUGUGAAAAAGGUCUGCAGGUCUUCAGCACCUCCCCUACAAAAGCUAGGAACUCCCUGCAGGCACCUGUGAACUGGAGGCUGGGGAAACUGCUCGGAAGAGGAGCGUUUGGGGAAGUUUAUCUCUGCUACGAUGCUGACACUGGCCGGGAGCUGUCGGUGAAGCAGGUGCCUUUCGACCCUGACAGUCAAGAGACAAGUAAAGAGGUGAAUGCUUUAGAAUGUGAGAUCCAGCUGUUGAAGACUCUCCGUCAUGACAGGAUAGUGCAGUACUACGGGUGCUUGCGGGAUCCUGAGGAGAAGAAACUGUCUAUCUUUGUUGAAUACAUGCCAGGGGGCUCAAUAAAGGACCAGCUGAAGGCUUACGGUGCUCUGACCGAGAACGUCACACGGAAGUACACCAGGCAGAUCCUGCAGGGAGUCUUCUACUUACACAGCAAUAUGAUUGUCCACAGGGACAUUAAAGGUGCCAAUAUUUUGAGAGAUUCCGCUGGAAAUGUGAAACUUGGAGAUUUUGGGGCCAGCAAACGCAUCCAGACCAUCUGCAUGUCUGGAACUGGGAUUAAAUCUGUCACGGGAACACCAUACUGGAUGAGCCCAGAGGUUAUCAGUGGAGAGGGCUACGGAAGGAAAGCUGAUGUGUGGAGCGUGGCCUGCACCGUGGUGGAGAUGUUAACGGAGAAGAUCGAAGCCAUGGCGGCUAUUUUUAAAAUCGCCACCCAGCCGACCAACCCCCAGCUCCCCGACGGCGUCUCCAACUCCUGCCGCAACUUCCUCAAGCAGAUCUUCGUGGAGGAGAAGCGGAGGCCGACGGCCGAGGACCUGCUGAGGCACCCCUUCGUCAACGGCGGGGUCUGA